AUGUUUUCUUUAAUUAGGUCUGUUUUUUCUAACAUACAGAAUGAGGAUGAUUUAAAAAUAUUAAUUAUAGGUGAAGGAGGUUCAGGAAAAAGUUCGUUAUUUAAUUUAAUUAGUAGCUAUAAUAAUAAAAGUAAAUAUGAAAUAUUAAAUACAUCGUUAUCAAAAAAUGAAAGUACUUCAAAUUGUGCCUUAGGUUUUAAUACAACAAAAAUAAAAUUUCAUAAAAAUUGUCUCAAAAUAUAUGAUUUAGAAGGUACAGAAGAUAAUACUAUAGAAAUUUAUGAUUGUUAUUAUCACGAUAGUGAUGUAAUAUUUUAUGUAAUUGAUUCAAAAUAUGAGAGUCAUAUUUUUAAAACGAUUAUUUAUUUAUCAUGUUUAUUUAUGAAUAAUGAAGAAAAGAAAAGAAUGGAUAAUGAACAAUUUUUUAAACCUAUUAUUAUACUAGCUAAUAAAUCUGAUGAUGGAACUUCUUUUUUUUCAGCUCCUUGUAUAUCAAAUUAUAUAAAAUCUAUAGAUAUUUAUAAAAAUGAUACCUUUUGGCAAUAUGCUAUAUCAAAUGAUAAUAUCUUUUUAAAUUUUUAUCUAAAUGCUCUAUAUCAAAAAUUGUGUAAUUAUUUUUUGAUAAAUAACAUUUCCUUUGAACAAUUUUUAAAAGAACAAUCUAUACAUAAAUAUAAUGAUAAUAAUAAAUUUAGUGAUGAUCAUUUAAAUUUCCAAGACAAAAAAAAAAUGAAUGAUCUUAUUAAUGAUAUAAAGCAAAAGAACAAAAAGUCUUUAACAAUAAAUGAUGUAGAAAAUAAUAAUAUACUUAUUAAUCUAUUAAAACAAAUAAUAAAUGAGAAUAUUAAUAAUUAUAAGAAUAUGCCAAUAGAAGUCUACAAUAUUAGUGUACAUAAUAAUAAAGGAAUUUACGAAAUACUUCUAUCCCUUUUUGAAAAAAAAUAUCAAAGUAAAUAUGAUAGAAAAAAUACAAAUCAAAUAAUAAAACAAGAACUUUCUAAUGCUCAAACAAUAGUAACAAAACCAAAUGAAGAAAAAACAAAUGUUGAAAAUUUUAUGAAUCAUCAACAACAACAAACAACUACAUAUUUGAAUUCAUCCAAAAAUAAUAUUUAUAAUGUAUCAAAUAAUAAUUUAAACAAUGAAUGUUUUUCUUAUACACAUGAAAAUAAUACAAAGGUUAUAGAAGGAGAAAAUAAUGACAUGAAUGUACCAUCACAACAUAAUAAUUUUCUUAUGUAUGAAUAUGAUAAUAAAGGAAUUAAUUUAUUUAUCGACCAUAUCCAAUAUGUAUACUUUCAUAAGGAAAAUGAUGUGGACACAUUUCCAGAAGAUUUAUAUUUAUGGAAUAAACAAAAUUUGAAAUAUAAAAAAGAAUUUAGCACUUCAAAAAAAAAAAAAAAAAAAAAUUUAAUAAAAGGAGUACAAGAAAAAAUAAAUCUAAAAGAGAUACCAGAACAUGAACAGUCUGAAGAAAUUAAACCCUCAAAGGAGGACACAAACAUAAUACAAGGAAAAUAUUUAAUAGAAAAAGAAAGUGAUAAUAUAUCUAGUAGUAAAUCAUUUAAGAAAAAUAUAAAUUUAGACAAUGAAACACUACAAAAAAAAAGAGAAGAUGAUGAAAAUAUUUUAUGUAUGCAUAAUGAAAAUCCAAGAGAAAAUAAAAAUAUAAGCUUACCAAAAUAUGAUAUAAAUUACCCAAUAGAUGUCAAACAAAAUACCAUGAUAGUAGAAUCAUUUUCUCAUGAUAAAGAAAAUGGUGUGAUACAAAAGGACACAUGUGUUAAACAAACAACUGGUGUUCAUUAUGAUGUACAGAAAAAAAUGAACCAUAUGAAAACCAUAGAUGAGAAUUUAAAGGAUAAAGAAAGAAAAAUUACAAAUUCAUUUCAUGUGGAAGGAAGUACGUAUGAAGUAGGAGAAGAAGAUGAAACUAAAGAAGAAGACGAAGAAAUAUACAAACGUGUACACAAAGCAAUUUAUUUUGAAAACAUAGAAAAGGACAAAAAUGAUUUAAAAGAUAAUAUAAAGAAAGUACAAAUAGAAGAACAAAUUGAUGAUAAAUGUUACAGUAGUUAUUUAGAAAAUGAAAAAAAUAAUCAUGCUUCAGAUAAUAAUAAUCAAAUGAAAAAAAAAAAAAAAAAAAGUUCUAUUGACAAAAGGUUUGAUAAAACAAAUUGUUUAGAUAAUUAUAUGAAUAAAAAAGAUAAUGAUGAUGAUAAAACAAAUUAUAUUUAUAAAAAUAAAAUAAAUAAAAAAAGAUAUACUAUUAUAGAAAAAAUUAAAAAAAAAAAAAAAAAAUUCUUGUUUAAAAAAAAACAACUUAUGAACGACACAGAUGAAAAUUCUAGUAAUUCUGUGGAAGAUGUUAAUACAAUGAAUAUAAUGCGCAUAGAUUCGUUGAAUGAAAUAUGA